GGUCCGUCUCAGUGAGCGAUGCACAAGGAUCCGGGUGGCAUGCACAGUCACAUGACUGGCUGUUUUUGGAACGGCGUUCGCGUGUCGCUGUCGCCUUCCAGAGCUGUCCAUCGCGAGGCAGCUGGAAGCUUGUCAUCGCAUUACAAACACGACAAUACCUUGCACCAUCACCAUCACAACCUGACUACCUACAACUCCACAAACACUGUGGUCAAGCUCUCUUUUUAUAGAAGAGGGAUAGUAUAGGCAUUUUAUCAGCUGGGUGGGUAAACUUGUAGCAACACUAUGGGUAACCAGCAGUCUGGCCUUGGAGGCCCAGGCGGAGGCGGUGAUGAUAAGGACUCAAAGGACAAGAAGAAGGAGAAGCCAAAGUACGAGCCACCGCCACGUCCAACGACCCGCAUUGGUCGCAAGAAGAAGAAGGCACAAGGACCAAACGCGACUGCGAAGCUCCCACAGGUCUACCCGACGUCACGAUGCAAAUUACGAUACUUGCGAAUGCAGCGAAUCCACGACCAUCUGUUGCUCGAGGAGGAAUACGUGGAGAACCAGGAACGCCUUCGCAGGGCAAAGACGGCAAAGGAAGGCGGUGCACCAGUCGCCAAUGGCGACCCGGAUGCUGAGGAUCGUAAUGCCGAUGAGCGUGGCCGUGUCGAUGAUAUGAGAGGUAGCCCGAUGGGAGUCGGAACCCUGGAGGAGAUGAUCGACGACGACCAUGCCAUUGUUUCCAGCACAACGGGCCCAGAAUACUACGUCUCCAUCAUGUCGUUUGUCGAUAAAGAUCUGCUCGAGCCUGGGGCAAGCGUUCUGCUGCACCACAAGUCGGUGUCCAUCGUAGGUGUUUUAACCGACGAUGCUGAUCCACUUGUCACCGUCAUGAAGCUGGACAAGGCACCAACGGAGUCUUACGCGGAUAUUGGUGGACUGGAGCAGCAAAUCCAGGAAGUCAGAGAGUCCGUCGAGCUGCCUCUCAUGCAUCCCGAGCUUUACGAGGAGAUGGGUAUCAAGCCUCCGAAGGGUGUCAUUCUCUACGGAGCACCUGGUACAGGAAAGACGCUUCUCGCAAAGGCCGUCGCCAACCAAACCAGCGCCACCUUCUUGCGCAUUGUCGGCAGCGAGUUGAUCCAGAAGUACUUGGGUGACGGACCACGUCUCGUCAGACAACUAUUCCAGGUUGCCGCCGAGAACGCCCCCUCCAUCGUCUUCAUCGACGAAAUCGACGCCAUCGGCACCAAGCGCUACGAAUCCACCUCCGGCGGCGAGCGCGAAGUGCAACGCACGAUGCUCGAACUCCUCAACCAGCUCGACGGCUUCGACGACCGCGGCGACGUCAAGGUGAUCAUGGCAACCAACAAGAUCGACACCCUGGACCCCGCGCUCAUCCGCCCCGGCCGCAUCGACCGCAAGAUCCUGUUCGAGAACCCGGAUCAGCAGACCAAGCGCAAGAUCUUCACGCUGCAUACCAGCAAGAUGAGCUUGAAUGAGGAUGUUGAUCUGGAGGAGUUUAUUACCCAGAAGGAUGAUCUUUCGGGAGCGGAUAUUAAGGCGAUUUGCUCGGAGGCGGGGCUUAUGGCGCUGAGGGAGAGGAGGAUGAGGGUGCAGAUGGCGGAUUUUAGGGCGGCGAGGGAGAGGGUGUUGAAGACGAAGACAGAGGGAGAGCCAGAGGGGUUGUAUUUGUAAGAUGCACGGGUGGGUUUGGGUGUGGGAUUGAGGGAGAUGGUGAAGAUGUACUUUAAUCACUAGCCGAGAGAGAAUGCAAGGUGGUUGCGUUGAGUAUAUCUGGAGUGAAGACGCGAUCGUGUAGCCUAGACGUGAUCAUGCAAGGGGGUGUUUUGUUCUACUGAGACUGGGAGUAAAAUAUGCACAUCUCCCUCUCUAGACGGGCACAGCGACGUAGACAUGCAAGGGGUAGGUAACCCGCACGGAUUCAAGCUGAUUUGUAUAUAUAUUUAGUUCAACCAUUAAUACUUGAUUACCAUCCCUCCCCCUUCCCACCAUCCACAACCACCAAUCCCUAACCCAACACCGCCUUCAACGUCAACUUCCGACUCGAAGCCCCAACAUACACCGUCUUCGGCGCAUCACUAAUAACCCAAUCCUGCCUCCCCGCAUCCCAGUUACUGACAUCCCUCCUCGUCAACUUAAACCUCACAGCCCUGGAGCGGCCGCGCGGGAUGGCGAGGUCGUUGAAGCCGCGCAGGACGACGGGGGGGUCGUUGGGGCCGCCUAGGGAGACGUACUAGUUUCCAUUAGCCUAUCCUCUUUAUCAUCGCUACAUGGAUCCGGGGAAAUGGCAAAAAGGGGGAGAAAAAAAGGGGACUCACAAGCUGCACAACCUCCGUCCCGUCAAGCUUGCCGGUGUUGGUAAUAGUAGCGCUAACCUCAUACAACUCAUCCCACAACCCGCUAUUCCCCCCCGGCGCACCGCCAGCGGGUAACUUGCGC